AACACCCAGCGCCAUCGUGAAACUCUACGCCUCCCGACAUUUCCUGCUAGCCCGUCAGCCCCGGACCGCUUCGCCGAGAAGACACGCACACGUUCGCAGAUUCCCUUGACGAAUUGAGCUCCCGAGCUCAACCCGCUUUCCGUCUAACACCCGAUCGCCGCCGGAUCAUUCGAGUCCCAGCGCCGUCUCACGACGCCCUCGGAAACGAAUCUAGUAAAACAAGAGUAACGAAAAGAAGAGAAAAAUAAAAAGAUGGCCUCCCUCGCCGCCUCCCUCCGGUCUUUGACCCUCAACACCGCUCGCGCGACGAUCCCCCGUGUCGGCGCGACGACGACGACCACGGCGACGCGCGCCCUGUCGACGGCGAUUCUGACGAAGAAGCCGGCGCAGAGGACCGAGUCAGCGCUUGCUGCGUUUGGGCAGAAGGCCGCGGCUGUCGGAAACGCGGUGGUGCAGCAGACGAGGGGUAUGAAGGUGCACAGCUCCGUCAAGAAGCGUUGCGAGCACUGCAAGAUCGUCCGUCGCAAGGCUGGCAAGAGGCAUAACGGAUACCUGUACGUCAUCUGCAAGGCGAACCCCAGACACAAGCAACGCCAGGAUUAAGAGGUGUUCUGGUCCCGGGCCUGAACAGGGCGAGAGAACCGUCGCGGCUGUGUACGAGAGCGAAGUCUGUACAAUUACCAUGAGGACGCAUCAGGGGGAAGAAGGGGGCGCGUGUAGGCUGGCAUCAUAGAUGGCGUUCCAUCAAGCGCUAGACACAACUCGAUGGUCUCCAGGAGAACCGUCGGAGAGUGAAGAGGACAAUCCCCCACGUUAUCAGGCAUCUUUUCUUAUUGCGGCUUCGAACAGGCGACAAUAGAAUUAGACCUUCCU